GUUAAACUCAUUAAUUAGCUAGCUAGAAUCUUCAAAGAUGCAUGUCUCUUGCUCUCUCUCUAUAUAUAUGGCACCCUUCACAAUAUAUUCUCACUUAUCAUAGAAAACCGAUAAGGGUUCGAUUUCCACUUUCUACAUUCAAGCAAUCCGAGGAAAAUCAAAGAGAGAAGAAAACAAAGAUAACUUAAUUAGCGAUGUUUCCAACAACCUCAAAAGCUACGUUUUUUAUUUUCAUGAUUCUAAUGCUGAAUGCUAUGCCACCAAUAAUCUUAGCAUGUGGUCCUUGCACGCAGCCGCAUCCAUCACCACCUCACCACCACUACCGCCCAAAACCCCCGCCACAUCACGGCGGAGGAGGAAAACACCCCUCGAAACCGCCGUCAUAUCCAUCACCACCAGUCAUCAUCAUCCCGCCUCCAGUGCAACCCCCUCCAGUAAUCAUAUACCCGCCGCCGCCGGCUCGAGCGACCUGUCCGAUCGACGCGCUGAAGCUAGGGCUGUGCUUGGACGUUGCCGGAGGGAUUGUGCAUGUGGGAAUAGGGAACCCGGUGGAGAAUAUUUGUUGUCCAGUGAUUCAAGGGUUGCUUGAUCUUGAAGCGGCGAUUUGUCUUUGCACCGUUAUUAGGAUUAAGCUUCUUAAUCUCAACAUAUUCAUACCUGUUGCUCUUCAGGUUCUUGCAACUUGUGGCAUGACUCCUCCUCCUGGUUUUGUUUGUCCACCUCUAAAAUAGUUAAUUAAUUAAUUAAUUAAGGACUAGCUAAUACUACUUUGUAGCUUAAUAAUUCCAUUUUCAUACUCUAUUAUAUAUAAAUUAUCAUCAAGGUCAUAUAUAUGUAUGUUUUAAGGUGUUUCAAUUUAAUUAAUUUUGCUGUGCUAUAUAUUAGGGUUUUUCUUAUGGGUUCAUGUAAUAACUAGUUAAUACUACCUCUUAUCUAUCAUAAAAGACUUAUGGAUGUGUAAUAUAUGUUGUUUAUUUUAAGCCC